GGUAUUUCAGAGCAGACGGAGCUUCACCUCCAACUACAAAAUCCAAAUAUUUCAACCAUGUUUGCCCUGUUCUUCAUGUUGUUUACCACCAUCAUCGCACCACUAAUUCCAACCCUCUCUUCACAACCACCACCACCACUAGUUCCAACCCUCUCUUCACAACCACCACCACUACCCGACUCCAAAUUUCCCUCCCUUACUCCGCCUCCACCACCAACAGUGCCAGCAUAUGAGUCGCCUCCAAUCCCACAUUUUCCCCCUUUCCCUCCAUCACUACCAGAUUACAACAUAUGGACUCCACCAAGUGAACCACAACCAGUAUCCGCGCGGUUCGUGCUGGGGUGUAUCUUGGUUCUAUCAACAUCAAUCGCCUUAAUCGCAGUGACGAUUUACUUUAUCCGGCGAAAAGGGAAGAAAGGGGACCAAGGGCCGAAAGGGGACAAAGGUGAGAAAGGGGAGAAAGGGCCGAAAGGGGAUCAAGGGCCGGACGGGCCGCGAGGGCCGCGAGGGUAUCCAGGGACGUCAACCUGCCAGAGCUGCUCGGGCCGCCCCGGCUGCCAGUGCCGUAGUAGCUGCCAGGAAAAGACAGGAUGGUGGUAACUGAUGUGCAUGUGCGAAUAUUGUGGAAUCAGCCAUCAUCUAAUAGCAACGAUUGAUGUCAAAGCUUUGAAUCGAAGAUUGCAAGUGCAAGUU